UUUCUCGGCGCUCGGUGAGCGCGCCGGGGACGAGAGGCGAGUCGAGAGUGGAGGAGGAGGAGGAGGCGGCGGCGGCGGGAGCGCUCCCCAGGAAUGUCGCUGCUGCCGCCGCCAGCGCCGCGGCCGCUGCCGCCGAGGAGGAGACGGCGGAGACCGACGCUGUUAGGGAGAUGAUCCAUCUGAUUUUGAAGACCUUUCUGAGGAAAUGAGGGAAAUAUGAAGAACCAAAUAUAAUUUUGAAAUUCAGGAUCUGUAUUUUGAGAUGACUUUAUUUUCAGAAUGAAAAGCAUAUGUGGUUACCUUUAUGAAUGUAGAGACAUGAGAAGAAAGUUAUGAUGGCAAAAAACAAAGAGCCUCGUCCCCCAUCCUAUACUAUCAGUGUAGUUGGACUCUCUGGAACUGAAAAAGACAAAGGUAACUGUGGAGUUGGAAAGUCUUGUUUGUGCAAUAGAUUUGUACGCUCAAAAGCAGAUGAAUAUUAUCCAGAGCAUACUUCUGUGCUUAGCACCAUUGACUUUGGAGGAAGGGUAGUAAACAAUGAUCACUUUUUAUAUUGGGGUGACAUAAUACAAAGUGGUGAAGAUGGAGUAGAAUGCAAAAUUCAUGUCAUUGAACAGACAGAGUUCAUUGAUGACCAGACUUUCUUGCCUCAUCGGAGUACAAAUUUGCAACCAUAUAUAAAACGUGCAGCUGCCACUAAAUUACAGUCAGCAGAAAAACUGAUGUAUAUUUGCACUGAUCAGCUUGGCUUGGAGCAAGACUUUGAGCAGAAGCAAAUGCCAGAAGGGAAGCUCAAUGUAGAUGGAUUUUUAUUGUGCAUUGAUGUAAGUCAAGGAUGUAAUAGGAAAUUUGAUGAUCAACUUAAAUUUGUCAAUAACCUUUUUGUCCAGCUAUCAAAAUCAAAAAAACCUGUAAUAAUAGCAGCAACUAAAUGUGAUGAAUGUGUGGAUCAUUAUCUUAGAGAAGUUCAAGCAUUUGCUUCAAACAAAAAGAACCUUCUUGUAGUGGAAACAUCAGCACGAUUUAAUGUCAACAUUGAGACAUGUUUCAUUGCACUGGUACAAAUGUUGGAUAAAACUCGUGGCAAACCUAAAAUUAUUCCCUAUCUGGAUGCUUAUAAAACACAGAGACAACUUGUUGUCACAGCAACAGAUAAGUUUGAAAAACUUGUGCAGACGGUGAGAGACUAUCAUGCAACUUGGAAAACUGUUAGUAAUAAAUUAAAAAAUCAUCCUGAUUAUGAAGAAUACAUCAACUUAGAGGGAACAAGAAAGGCCAGAAAUACGUUCUCAAAACAUAUAGAGCAACUUAAACAGGAACAUAUAAGAAAAAGAAGAGAAGAAUAUAUAAAUACCUUACCAAGAGCUUUUAAUACUCUGUUGCCAAACUUGGAGGAGAUAGAACAUUUGAAUUGGUCAGAAGCUUUGAAAUUAAUGGAGAAAAGAGCAGAUUUCCAGUUAUGUUUUGUGGUGCUAGAAAAAACACCUUGGGAUGAAACUGACCAUAUAGACAAAAUUAAUGAUAGACGAAUCCCAUUUGACCUCUUGGGCACUUUAGAAGCUGAAAAGGUCUAUCAGAACCAUGUACAACAUCUAAUAUCAGAGAAAAGGCGAAUUGAAAUGAAGGAAAAAUUUAAGAAGACUUUGGAAAAAAUUCAGUUCAUUUCACCUGGGCAGCCAUGGGAGGAAGUUAUGUGCUUUGUUAUGGAGGAUGAAGCCUUCAAAUACAUCACUGAGGCUGACAGCAAAGAGGUGUAUGGUAGGCAUCAGCGAGAGAUAGUUGAAAAAGCCAAAGAAGAGUUCCAGGAAAUGCUUUUUGAGCAUUCUGAACUUUUUUAUGAUUUAGACCUUAAUGCAACACCAAGUUCAGAUAAAAUGAGUGAAAUUCAUACAGUUCUGAGUGAAGAACCUAGGUACAAAGCUUUACAGAAACUUGCACCUGAUAGAGAAUCGCUUCUCCUUAAACACAUAGGAUUUGUUUAUCAUCCCACUAAAGAAACAUGCCUUAGUGGCCAAAAUUGUACAGACAUUAAAGUGGAGCACUUACUUGCCAGUAGUCUCUUACAGUUGGAUCAUGGACGCUUACGCUUAUAUCAUGAUAGUACCAAUAUAGAUAAAGUUAACCUUUUCAUUUUAGGGAAAGAUGGUCUUGCCCAAGAACUAGCAAAUGAGAUAAGGACGCAAUCCACUGAUGAUGAAUAUGCCUUAGAUGGAAAAAUUUAUGAACUUGAUCUUCGGCCAGUUGAUGCCAAAUCGCCUUACAUUUUGAGUCAAUUAUGGACUGCCGCCUUUAAACCACAUGGGUGCUUCUGUGUAUUUAAUUCCAUUGAGUCAUUGAGUUUGAUUGGGGAAUUUAUUGGAAAAGUGAGAACUGAAGCUUCUCAGAUCAGAAAAGAUACAUAUAUGGCUAAUCUUCCAUUUACAUUAAUUUUGGCUAAUCAGCGAGAUUCCAUUAGUAAGAAUCUACCCAUUCUCAGGCACCAAGGACAGCAGUUGGCAAACAAGUUACAGUGUCCUUUUGUAGAUGUACCUGCUGGUACAUAUCCUCGUAAAUUUAAUGAAUCCCAAAUAAAGCAAGCUCUAAGAGGAGUCUUGGAAUCAGUUAAACACAAUUUAGAUGUGGUAAGCCCAGUUCCUACCAAUAAAGAUGUAUCAGAAGCUGACUUGAGAAUUGUCAUGUGUGCCAUGUGUGGUGAUCCAUUUAGUGUAGAUCUUAUUUUAUCACCCUUCCUUGAUUCUCAUUCUUGUAGUGCUGCUCAAGCUGGUCAGAAUAAUUCCCUAAUGCUUGACAAAAUCAUCGGUGAAAAAAGAAGGCGGAUACAGAUCACAAUAUUAUCGUACCACUCCUCAAUUGGAGUAAGGAAAGAUGAACUGGUUCAUGGGUAUAUAUUAGUUUACUCUGCAAAACGGAAAGCAUCAAUGGGAAUGCUUAGAGCAUUUCUGUCAGAAGUUCAGGACACCAUUCCUGUACAACUGGUGGCAGUUACUGACAGCCAAGCAGAUUUUUUUGAAAAUGAGGCUAUCAAAGAAUUAAUGACUGAAGGAGAACAUAUUGCAACUGAGAUCACUGCUAAAUUUACAGCAUUAUAUUCUUUAUCUCAGUAUCAUCGGCAGACAGAAGUUUUUACUCUGUUUUUCAGUGAUGUCCUAGAGAAAAAAAAUAUGAUAGAAAAUUCCUAUUUGUCUGAUAAUACAAGGGAAUCAGCCCAUCAAAGUGAGGAUGUUUUUCUACCAUCCCCCAGAGACUGUUUUCCCUAUAACAACUACCCUGAUUCAGAUGAUGACACCGAAGCACCACCUCCUUAUAGUCCAAUUGGGGAUGAUGUACAGUUGCUUCCAACACCUAGUGACCGUUCCAGAUACAGGUUAGAUUUGGAAGGAAAUGAAUAUCCUAUUCAUAGCACCCCGAACUGUCAUGAUCAUGAACGCAACCAUAAAGUGCCUCCACCUAUUAAACCUAAACCAGUUGUACCUAAGACAAAUGUGAAGAAACUGGAUCCAAACCUUUUAAAAACAAUUGAAGCUGGUAUUGGUAAAAAUCCAAGAAAACAGAUUUCUCGGGUUCCUUUGGCGCAUCCUGAAGAUAUGGAUUCUUCAGAUAACUAUGCGGAACCCAUUGACACCAUUUUCAAACAGAAGGGCUACUCUGAUGAGAUUUAUGUUGUCCCAGAAGAUAGUCAAAAUCGAAUUAUUAAAAUUCGAAACUCAUUUGUAAAUAACACCCAAGGAGAUGAAGAAAAUGGGUUUUCAGAUAGAACCUCAAAGGGUCAUGGGGAACGGAGACCUUCAAAAUACAAAUAUAAAUCUAAAACUUUAUUUAGCAAAGCCAAGUCAUAUUAUAGAAGAACACAUUCAGAUGCAAGUGAUGAUGAGGCUUUCACUACUUCUAAAACAAAAAGAAAAGGAAGACAUCGUGGAAGUGAAGAAGAUCCACUACUUUCUCCUGUUGAAACUUGGAAAGGUGGAAUUGAUAAUCCUGCUAUCACUUCUGACCAGGAGGUAGAUGAUAAGAAGCUGAAGAAGAAAACCCACAAAGUAAAAGAGGAUAAAAAGCAGAAAAAGAAAAUUAAGAACUUCAAUCCACCAACACGUAGAAAUUGGGAAAGUAAUUACUUUGGGAUGCCCCUCCAGGAUCUGGUUACAGCUGAGAAGCCCAUACCACUAUUUGUUGAAAAAUGUGUGGAAUUUAUUGAAGAUACAGGAUUAUGUACUGAAGGACUGUAUCGUGUUAGUGGAAACAAAACUGAUCAAGACAAUAUUCAAAAGCAGUUUGAUCAGGAUCAUAAUAUCAGUCUAGUAUCAAUGGAAGUGACAGUAAAUGCUGUAGCUGGAGCUCUUAAAGCUUUCUUUGCAGAUCUACCAGAUCCUUUAAUUCCAUAUCCACUCCAUCCAGAGCUAUUGGCAGCAGCAAAAAUUCCAGAUAAAAUAGAACGCCUUCAUGUCUUGAAAGAAAUUGUUAAGAAAUUUCAUCCUGUAAACUAUGAGGUAUUCCGAUACGUGAUAACACACCUGAACAGGGUCAGUCAGCAAAAUAAAAUCAACCUAAUGACAGCAGACAACUUAUCCAUCUGUUUUUGGCCAACGUUGAUGAGACCUGACUUUGAAAAUCGAGAGUUUCUGUCUACUACUAAGAUCCAUCAAUCUGUUGUUGAAACAUUCAUUCAGCAGUGUCAGUUUUUCUUUUAUAAUGGAGAAAUCAUAGAAACUGUGAAUGCUGUGGCUCCUCUACCACCUACAAACCCUGGACAAUUAGUGGAAUCAAUGGUGCCACUUCAGUUACCACCACCAUUGCAACCUCAGCUGAUUCAACCACAAUUACAGACAGAUCCUCUUGGUAUUAUAUAAGUAGAAACUGAUUGCAUACAGCCUGAAAUUGGACAAAAAAGUCUAGACAUGCAUGUUUCAGGAUUCAGUAGUAUACUUCAUAUUUCAUAAAAAUAAUUCACAUUUAAAAUGAGAUUUUCUCUUUGAACUAUUAUAUUCCUUAUUCACCUCCAUUACAAAUCAAAGACCAUAUGGUAAGCAUGACUGGAGAGGUUUAAUUUUUAUAAACAAAAAUAGCUAUAAAAUACAAAGCUGCUGCUGCAUGCAACCUUAUUGCAAUCAGUAUAUCAUUCCUGUGGCAAUUUCUGUCACAUUAUAUUGUGAAUAAAAUUUUUCUAUAGAAAUUAAAUGAUUUAAAGACUCACAUAUAUGAAACAUUUAAUGCUUCUCAGCCUGCUUUAUGGCUGGUUUUGUUACUCAAUGUGCUAAUUUGGGUAUCUUAAUUUACAUUCUAGCAGUCUGUAGAUAACUAAAAGCCCAGUUAAGUAUUUUAUAAUUUCAGGCUACUUAUGCCAUGCUUGGGAUGUUGUUUGAAAGAAAGAAAGAAAAAAAUGUAACAUUUCACAUUUCUGCACCUUCAUUUGUACUUCUAAGUAAACCUGUGGAUAAUUUGAUGAGGUAUAAAUGAGCCUUUUUCUUUUACACAUAUACCAAGGACAUGCUUGUGGCUAAAGUGAGUUGAUAAUGUGGUACAAAGGGUAGUUAUCACCAACCCAUUUCUUUAUGGUCUAUAAUAAAAGAACCAUUUUGUAUACUGUUAAUUCUGUAAACAGAUGCAUGUUCAAAAGAUCUAUGAUGGUCUUAUAAUCUUAAUCUAAUAUAUUUUAGAUGUUUUAAUUUUUUCCCUCUUAGGGAAUACAUUUAGUAUAGUGUAGAAAAUGCUUCAUGACAUUUUCAUAUAAGGUUAUAUAACUUUUCAUACAUAAACAUAAAAUUUGUUGUAGAAAAUUCUUUAAACCAAAUUUUAAUCUAGGACUUCAAUUUAAUCUGUUCCCUGAAUCUAUUUUUAUGUGGCCCUUAAGAACAUAUCCAAAAUAUCCAUUGCUAAUAUAGCAAUAAAAAUACUUUGGGUACUGACAGACUCAUUGGAGUGUGUAUAUAUAAAAUCACAAACUUGCAUUCAUAUCUUUUCUGUGAUGUGUUGUGUUAAAAUCCAAAAUGGCUUUUGCACCAUUUUUUAAACCAGUUGUUUUCUUUUGAUGUUGGUACCGGAUUUGCUAUAAAUGACUGCUGCUUUUAGAGUUACGUUUGUUAAUGAAGAUACAGGAAAAAUUUUUCAGUACUGGUAGCACAGGUAAAUUCUGUUUUACUUCAUUUAAAAUUCUUUCAUUAUCAAGCCACCAAUUUUUUUUCUGGUAAGGGAAAAUAAGGUUUUUCCAUUACUAGAUAUGUAAUGAAGAAGAAAUUAACUGGUUAUUGUUAUAAUCUUCAUACUGCAGUUUUUAAAGUUACUGUGUGUGUAAAUAGAUGAUUUUGAGAUUCAAGGCUCCUAACAGUUUGAUUUACUUCAUUUUUUCCCUAAAAUAAAUAUUUCCUAGAAUUGUACUUCCAGUUUUCACUUCAGAACCAAGAUGUCAAUAUGAACCAGGCUGCUGUUGAAAUACAUGUAUAUUAUAAAUUAUCUUAUUUGUGUUAUAAUCUUACAUGUUAUAUUAUCUUUUCUAAGAAAACAAAGUCCCUAUUAUUCCUAUUGCAAAGCACACAGGAAUUAAGAAAGUACAGUAAUUUUUAAAAAAAAUAUCCGGUAAAUGUAGUAUUCUUAACUUGUUCUAUAUUACUUAUGCCUAUUGUCUAUAUAGCUUUAAUUUAUAGCUGUCAGUUUAACAUUGGCAUGUCUGGCAAAGAAAAUUAAAACUUUAAGAGUUUUAUAAACUGUUUCUAGGUUGCUAAAGAAUUUAUUUUUCUACUAUAUAUGGUAUAGACAAAGCAUCAAACUAUGUACAGGGAAAAAAAAGCCUGACUAUUUCUAUUGGAAGUAGGCUGAAAAGAGAAUUUUCAGAACUGUUCUUGUCUUUGGUUCAGUCUAUCAUAACUUGGCUAUUGUAAUAUGUGAAUUCAGUUUAUUUAAGCUGUUCUCUUUUUAUACCAUGUUAAUUUAACAUUCAUUUGCAUUUAGUACCAUUUUGUUACUACAAUUAGCAUUUAUCCUUUUCCACAUUUAACCACCUUACACCUUUCCUAAAACUUUUUUUCUGCUUUCUAUGCAUUCUAUCAUUGAUUUGACACACUUCAUAGUGAGUCGUUUAAAUGUUCUACAUUUGGUUCAAUUAAUAGGUUACAGUUAUUAAAAAUUAAAGUCCAAUUUAAAGCUCAGUCUGUUACACUGAAUUGUGUUUGUUUUUGCCAAGGGUUUAGCAAUGUUUUUAAAUAUUAGAAAAAAUAAUUCUAAGAACAGAGUAACAAUUAUUUUCCGAUGAGUUACUGAGACAUUUCACAUUUUAGGGGGACAUACUAUAUAUGAGACUAAUUAAAAGAUUAAACGAAUAGUCUCAUGGAUAAACAUUAAGGCAUUUUACAAUAGUAAAUAAAAUUCCAUCUACACACAUUGCCAUUGUUUAAUUUAAAGUUCAGUGCUUAGAGUUAUUACAAUAUUGGACUUAACAAUAUCUAGAUUUAACAGUAUAAAAUGCAUAGUGGUACUGUUUCAGACUUUCAGUAGCAUUUUAGAGGUCAAAUUCUAUUCAACAGACACUUAGGAAAUACAAAUAAUUUACAGACAAAAUGCAGGCAGAAUAUUUUUGUUUCAUACUAUAUUUUUAGUAGUGCUUUUCCCCCUUAACAUUAACAAAAUUGUAAAUACUUUAGGUAACAGCAAUCUAAUUUAGCCAAAAAGCAACUUUUAUUUUCCACAUUGUUUAUAAAUAAUAUAGACCUUUUUAGAAUUUUUUUUGAGGUACUAGAAUCUAAUUUCUAAUAUCUCUUAGAUAUAAAUAAAAGGGAGCGAUUGAAAUAAGAACUUAGGCCUUAGGUUCCAUAGUGACUUUCAGUUUUUUUAUACGGUAAUAAUUGUGAUGCUAUUUGUCAACUGAAUAUAAAUAUAUGUAUAAUUUUAAAGUCAAAAGUGGUCUGUUUCUUUGUUAUAACAGAUAUGCUUCACCCAGAGGAUGCUGCAGUAAAUUGUCAGUGAAGCCUCUUAAUGUAGAAUACUAUGAAUAAGACAUUAAGAAAGCACAUAAAUUUUAAUUUAUAAUUGCCUCUAUUUAGUUUUUUUAUAAAAGGCGAACAUUAAUUUUUCAAGUAAAAUAUGAAAAAUAAGAUAAGUUUAGUCAAUAUAAUGAGAAUUUUAUUAGCGAACCCUUUCAUCAUUAGCUUUCACUUCACAAUGAAAGGAGAUUAAAAUUCAUUCUGAUGUCUAUGAAAAUUGGAUAUAAGUCAUCAGGAAAAUGAGAUAAUGUAUAAUUUCUAAGAUUUACCUAAAUCUGAAUUUUUGAGGUGUGGCUAAGCAUUAUUUUGAACCAUUGAAAAUAUUUUUAAGCUUGUUCUACUUACAGCAGAGCUCCUAAUGUCAAAGAAUGUAAAUUUUUUUCUCUUCAUGGUUUGGAAAUUCUAAGCCAAACUUCAUGGGUAUAUGCUAGACCUGUCAGAUUAUAUGGAUUUGAUGAGGUCUUUUUAGCUUGAAUUUUUUUAUUUUGCUUUUAAUUAUGUAAUUUAUUUUUUUUGUCAGUGUUUAGUACUUGAAUUCAGGACUUCAUGCUUGUUAGGCAGGCAUUCUACCAUCUGAGCCAUUCCAUUCUUCCAGCCCAAAUAAUUUUUAGAGGAAAAUGUUUGUUUUAAUACAUUAUGGGAGAUGUUUACUUUUUAUUUGAGUUCUUGAAAUUCUUUGCCUUUCUAGGUUGCCAAAUAUUUGAAAAUAAAUGUUCUUGAGGUAUCAUAAGGCAAAGGAAUACUCUUAAAUCAUUUUUUAUUAUGGUAGCAUCUGUAUGUACAUUUUUGAAGACUGUGCAUUAAUAUCUCAUUCUAACAUCCUAUAUUUGAUGUGAUCAACAUGUACAUAGAGCAGUUCAUAUCUACUUGGGAGCUUUCACUAGUUGAACCUAAUCAUCAUCCUAUGAACAUGACCCCCAGACAAAACACAGUUUGUCUUUCAGGAGGAAAGAGGAGUGGAGAGCCAUAGAAUCUCAUGUUCAUGUCUUAGUUAAAUGGUGUAAUAUGAGUCAUUUGUGGAAUUUGCCCAUACAGUAAGAAUGAGUUUUUAAAAGCUAAUCUAUAACAGUGAAAGUUAACAUUUUUAUUUCACAUGGUUAUUCUGAAAAAAUUAAUAAUAGCCUUAAUAGUUACUUAACAUAUAGUUUUUAACUUAGUGUUUCAGUCAAAUUUUUUCUAAUUUCUGUAUUGUUUUAUUUCAAUAUAAGUAAUUAGGAUUUAUACCCAAGUUGGUUUUAAAUAUGUGUCAGUCUUUUCUCAUCAGAUCAUUUUCUUGUGUCCUUAACUGUAAAUGGUUUGUCCUAUAUUCUAAAUACUUGCUGUGAUUUUUAUUUUUUUUUUUUAAGAUUUUACCAGUUUUAGAUUUGGAGCUCUGACGUUCCUUUUCUCCAGAUAUUUGGUAUCUUUUUAUCCAAAUAAAUGUCUUAGGUGUUCAAGAA